CCCUUCCAGAUGAGCCGGUCACUCGAAGUAUAAAUGACGCAGCGCAGGCACAUAUCGCCAAAGUUUUCACGCUGCUCGAUCAUGACACGUCGUAGUUCUCCUUCUCUUAUUCAGAUAUGUGCCUAUCUGGCGUUCGUCACCAUCGCAAUCGGCCAAGACAAGUGCGAUAAAACGAAAUGUCCUGGUCCAUUGGCGUAUUACGAGGCGCUCGGUUGCCAACCCGUGUACGAAAAAGAGGACAGUUGUUGCGCGACAAAAUACAACUGUGAUCAUUUGAAAGAGAGAUCCAAGACCAAGUGUUACGUCAACGGUAAAGAGUACGAGAUCGGGGAACUCCUCAAAGAGGAGGAUGCGAAUCCUUGUGACGUCGGCUGCACUUGCAGAACUGGAUAUGAUGAAAUUGCUGCAUUUACAUGUGCCAUAGUGGAUUGUUUCUUUGGAUCUGUAAAAUCUGGUUGCUAUAGACAACGUUCUCCGUUACAUUGUUGUCCCGGAGAGGAAAUCUGUCCUGAAAGUCCCGAAGAAAGGCCUACCUGUAAUGUAAACGGAAGGAUAUAUAAAGAUGGGGAAUACUUUAAUGUAGAAAAUGACCCAGAAUUAAACUGCGUGUGCCAAGAAGGAUAUAAAGGGGAAAAUAUCGAACCUUUCUGCGUGAGACCUAAACGUCCAUAUUGCAGUCCCGAUUUCCGUGAUGCGAGCAACAUUUUUAAUAAGUGCGCUCCGGUUUAUUAUUCUAAUCAACCGCCACAAACAAGUUGCAGCGUAUCUUCGAGAUGUCAAAACAAUAAUGAUACUGUUAUUCACAACGAGGAUAAUUCGAAGGCUGCUGACGGAACCCUUAAUGACAAGAACGUUUGUUAUUUCGGUAACAUGACCAUGCACCUCGGUGAUGAGUUGAAUCAAACUACAGAUUAUAGCUCCGUGUGUGUUAAGUGCGUUUGCGAGGUACCGCCAACACCCACCUGUCAGCGUUUGCCGGAUAAUGAGUGCGAUGUCACAAAGCAUCCGUCAUUCAAUGGUUUUUAAUUCUUUCAAAUCUCUGAUAAUAAGAUUACUUGCGUAACUAGAUUCAGAACUGCAUAUUAAACUGAUGCGUAAAAAAAUAUAAGAAAUCUUCCUUUAUAUAUAAAAAAUGUAAUAUAAUUUUUAUGCACUUUGCUUAUAUUGUACAAGUAUAUUUUUAUUUAUAAAAAAAUGGAUUAAAUUUUUUUUUCUUCUCAUUUUCAUAAUUAUAAGCAAUCUCGAGGAUCGAUUAUUUGAUAUGAUUUGUAGAACAAAGUCACAACAUUUCUGAAUUUUUCAAAAUAUACAUAUCUUAUUCACUUUAUUAUUAAUAAACUGUAAUUUUAAAGUCUAUUAAUAAUUUACGAUAUAACAGAUAUUCACGCGUCUCCGACAAGAUCUUCAAUAUUUUUUCUACUUUUCUUGCAAUUAUCAGUUUUGUUAUGCGAUAUUUAUAAAUGAAAAAAUUAUUAAAUCACUGAUUAAGUAUUAUUAUUUCACUUAAUGAUGUCAAUACUAUUGACAUUGACACUUACAUCGUUUCAUCAAUGUAAUUCCAUAUAAAUAAUAUAUUUAUCAUAUGAACUCUUGCAUUUGUAAAAAUAAAAAUAUCGUAUUGGAAGCGUUAUCAUA